AUGGAGCAAGCGGAGCGUUCUGGCCCCGCGCCUCUGAUUGAUUUCAUCGUCUCGGCGCCGGACUUGCAGGCGUUCCACGCCGAGAACCUGAAGCGGAAUCCGGACCACUACCCCCUGUUUGCACGCGCUCUAGGGCCCAAGUUUGUGGCGUGGGCGAACGAUGCCUGGGGUGCUGGACUCUGGUACGUCACGAUGGUCAAGGUGCAGGGGCUGGAGAUCAAGUACGGCGUCGUGGCCUCGGACACGCUCGUGAGGGACCUACAGCAGUGGCGUACACUGUACACGGCCGGCAGGCUGCAGAAGCCCGUCCUCGUGCUCACAGAGACGCCCGAGAUCAGCGCCGCCCUCUCCGCCAACCUCCGGUAUGCGCUGAGUUACGCGCUCCUGCUCUUGCCGGAACGCUUCUCCGAGUUCGAGCUCUGGGAGAAAAUCACGAGCAUCUCGUACUCUGGCGACCCGCGCAUGAACAUCCCCGGUGGCGAGAACCCGCGCAAGAUCCAGAACAUUGUGCGAGGAAAGAACGUCCUCGAGGGAUUCAGGAGCCUGUACAGCAACCAUGUUGGACGGGUUGGACUGCGCUUCGCAGACGACAAGCCGCCGGCAGCUAGCCAGGUCGCCAAGUUCCUCUGGCAGGGCAAUGGCGAUGCCACACUCCAGCAGCCCGGCAACAGCGAGCACCUCGCCCAGCUCCUUGUCGACCUCCCCCGGCCACUCAAGGUCAAGGUUGCCGGACACUUCAAGGCGGACGUCGACGACCCGACCGCGUGGCUCGAGAUCACGAACAAACCUGGCUUCCGCAAGAUUGUUGAGGACGGUGAGCUUCCUGGUCUCGGACGCUAG